UAAAAAUAGCUUGUGCAGCUGUUAUGCAGCCUUAAAUAGAGUUGGGCAUUGAUAAAAUCACUCUCUUUUCUUUACUUCAAUUUGUGACUACUUCCCUACACAAAAUUAAUUAAUGGAGUGAUUCUAUUUAGGUUGAAUAUUAAUUAAUUACAAGGAUUCCUAGCUAUUUAACUACUAGAUUUUGUUUCAAUCCAAAGGUGGUAAGAGAGGCAUACCAAAGAUCGCCGCAUGCGCGGCGGCGGCAUGGAGGAGCAGCUGAAGACGCCGGCGGCGGCGAUGAAGAAGCUGACGGUGCCGGAGAAGAAGUCCCUGCACGUGCUCCAGGCCUCCGCGUCGGGGAAGUUCUCGCUGACCACCUCGCCGGAGGCGCCGGCGGUGAUGAUGACGACGCCGAGGAAGCAGGCAUCCGCCGCGCAGUCGAAGCAUCUGCUGGGCGUGAGCCCCCGGGCGGCCGCGGCGGCGCCGUCGUGCCUCUGCUCGCCGACGACGCACGCCGGCUCGUUCCGGUGCAGGCUCCACCGCGGCGGCGGCGGGCUCGCCGGCUCCGUCGGCUGCGGCCUCAGCGACAUGGGCACCAAGAAGGCCGGCGUAUGACGUCGUCCAUGCAUGCAUGGCGUCGAGCUGGCUCCGGCGUGUAGCAAUGGCCGGCGCGGCGGCAUUAAUUUUGUCCACCUGCUUAGAUUUCUUUAAUUUGUGAUGAUGCAGGGAAGGAGAAGAGAUUGAGGGGCCCUAGCUCGAUCUGCUGCACCACCCUUUCUUUUGUAUUAAUGAUCUAUGCUCAUGCUAUUAAGACCUUCGAUCUUGAGAUUAACUCAGCUGGCCGUGUUAUAUUUCUUUUUAUGAAAAAGAAAGUAGGAAUAACAAAAUAUAUAAGCAUUAACAAAUUUUUAGGUUGCCGUAAUGAGCUAAACUACCCAUGUAUCAGAUGGAAACAUAGGCAUUUUAUAUUGAAAAACACUCAAUGGUGCAGGUUUUACCAUGAGUUAAUCAUAUAAAACCUCAUCUCCAAUGUAAGCAACGAGGAGAGCGUUCCUAAUUAUAUAUAAUUAAAAUUAUCUCUACCC